AUGGCUUCGUUACAGACCUCAACCACCCUCAGCCCCGCUGAGCUGAACGCCGCCGCUCUCGACCACUUUGUCUACACUCCCGUCUCGCGAGCCAUGAUCUCCUACCUCGCCAAUGCUGCCGCCAACGUCAUCCAGUGCGACCCCACGAUGAUGCCCCCGCCGCCAGCCGAGACCGUCGCAAAGUCUCAUCUCCCCCCUUCGCCCCCGAGGACGCCUCCUCCGAGAGCCGUGCGAUGCGAAGACGGCGGCCUGCCCACCCUCGACGACUUCAUCACCCAGCUCGUCGUCUCCUCCAACGUCCAGGUCCCCACUCUCAUGUCCACCCUCGUCUACCUCAACCGCCUCAAGUCCCGCCUGCAGCCCAUGGCCAAGGGCCUGCGAUGCACCACCCACCGCAUCUUCCUCGCCUCUCUCAUCCUCGCCGCCAAGUACCUCAACGACUCCUCUCCCAAGAACAAGCACUGGGCCAACUACAGCGUCAUCAGCACCGAGGCCUACAACUUUGGCUUCUCCCGCACAGAGGUCAACCUCAUGGAGAAGCAAUUGCUCUUCCUGCUCGACUGGGACCUGAGGAUCACCGAGGAGGACCUGUACCGCGAGCUCGACAUCUUCCUGUUCCCCAUUCGCGAAGACAUUGCAGCCCGCCACGCACGGAAACAGCGCAGACGCGCAGAGGAGAAGCGCAGGAAGCAGGAGGAGGCCGAGUGGAUCGCAGCUGCUGCCACCACUGCCACCACCGCCAGCUACCAGACCCCGCCCUCCUCGCGCGGCAACUCUCGCUCUCGCUCACGCCAGGCCACCGCCAGCCCGCCCGGCCUCACCUACAGCUCCAGCGCCAGCUCGGCAUCUUCCUCCUACGCCGGCUCCAUCGUCUCCUCGCGCUCGCACUCCCGCUCCAACACGCCCCUCUCCGAGCUCGAGGCCGAGCCCUACGUCUACGGCCUCGACGCCGACCUCUACGAGGCGCCCAUCGAGAUCGUCCUCGAGCAGGCACCGCCCAAGCAACACUAUCCCUCCGCCAAGAGCGCCGGCAAGCAGCUGCUGCCCUACGAGAUCAGCGCCGACGAGCUACGGGAGAUGCAGGAGGGCGGCAACCGCGUGAAGCGCAUGCGCGGCAUGCUGGGCCGGGUCUUUGGAUCCACCGUCGCUGUCCGAUGA